GGAGGAGGUGACAGAUGAGUCGAAGCCGAAGCCUAAGUUUAUGACAAAUGUAUCCGCCCCAAAGAUCCCUGAUGGGGAUAAAGUGGAUUUUGAUGACAUCCACAGGAAGCGUCUGGAUAAGGAUCUGUCUGAGCUGCAGUCUCUCAUCGAGGCUCACUUCAUCCAGAGGAAGAAAGAGGAGGAGGAGCUCAUCGCCCUCGUGAACAGAAUCGAGAAGCGUCGUGCAGAGAGAGCAGAGCAGCAGAGGGUCAGGGCAGAGAGAGAGAAGGAGAGGCAGGCCAGACUUCUGGAGGAGAAGGAACGUAGGGAGAUGGAGGACCAGCGUAAGAAGCUGGGUGAUGACGCCAAGAAGAAGAAGGCUCUCUCCAACAUGACCCAGCAGUACAGUGCUGGACAAAAGACUGACACCAGAAAAGGAGGCAAGAAGCAAACUGAGAGGGAGAAGAAGAAGAAGAUCCUGGCUGACCGCAGGAAGACUUUCAACAUUGAUCAUCUGAACGAAGAUAAACUCAAGGAGAAGGCCAAUGAGCUGUGGCAGUGGCUGAUGGGUCUGGAAGCUGAGAAGUUUGACCUCAGUGAGAAACUCAAAAGACAGAAAUAUGAUAUUAACCAGCUUCUUGCUCGAGUCCAGGAUCACCAGAGGUAAGAACAGAAACCCCUCAAUACAGUGGAUUUACAUCCCGACUAUAGAUACUGGACUUGUGUCUGUUUUGAUUUUCUUACUUGUCCAAAUAAAUCUUUUCUUCUGUUUGUAGAGAAUAAAUAUUUAAAUAAACAUCAAUAUAUAGUUAGACCUUCACACAUUUUGUCUGGUUUCAGUCAUGAAAUCGGUUACAGUUUAAAGUUCUUUAUUUCGCAGACUCUCAGCCACAAACCUCUGAGUUUAUUCAUUGCAUACUGUAGUGAAUUUAUAUUGUGUAAUCUGGUUCAUUUAAGCAGUUUUGUUGAUCAGACUGGAACAGGUUGUAAGUGAUAAACCUAAGUGAAAAAUACAUUUAAAAAACUGUCCCAGAGAAACGUUUUAACUUAUCUGUGAAAUAUAUUCGUGCCUAUGAAGCAGAUAAAUAUAUUUUUUUAUCUCAAGACAAAUGUGCGUGGAAACGUCCUAUAAAACAACUUAGUAUUUUUAUAUUUUCUAUUUGAUCAUAACUGGAGAAAACUGAGACGGAUUUUGCAAAUUUUGUACCAUCAUAAUGUAAAAGCACUUAUAGAGACAAUAUGUUUAAAGCCAUUUGUGUCUGUUUUUAACUAAACUAUUUUGAGCCAAAACACAACCUAUUGAUCAGCUCCUUGGUUUCACUGCUGAAUGGUUUCC